CCCCGUAAGCCCUCGCUGCUAGAGACACGGAUUUGUCGAAAGCAACAAUCAAUCAAAUGCAGGACUCCUCGAUAUGGCUUCCAUGUCCAGAACUCUAGCAAGGAAUUUCCGUAACACUCUUCAGCUUAGAAGUGGCGGGUCCCUCGACUCCCUUCCGAAAUAUCGGAUCCCGUCUUCAUAUUCAUCAUCUCCCUUUUGUAGCUCCGCUGCUGCCACCAUCUCUACACAGCCUCCAGAAAAAGAGAGUGGUUCAAGAUUGUCAAAAUGGUUACUCUUUUUACCUGGAGCUAUCACUUUUGGCCUUGGAACUUGGCAGGUUCUUAGAAGGCAGGACAAGAUCAAAAUGCUGGAAUAUAGACAGGGGAGAUUGGCAAUGGAACCGAUGAAGUUCAAUGAUGUAUCUCCAUCUAGUGAACAGCUGGAUGAUUUAGAGUUCAGAAGAGUGGCAUGCAAAGGAGUUUUUUGUGAUAAAAAGUCAAUCUAUGUGGGGCCACGUUCUAGAAAUAUUUCUGGAAUCACUGAAAAUGGCUACUAUAUCAUUACACCACUUAUGCCAGUCUCCAAAAACCCUGAGUGUGUGCAGUCACCGAUUCUUGUCAAUAGAGGAUGGGUACCCCGUAGCUGGAAAGACAAUUCUUUGGAAGUUUCACAAGAUGAUGAACAACCCUCAGAUAUAGCAAUGGCAUCUGCCCAAGGGAGUGAGAAAAGCUCUUGGUGGAGAUUUUGGUCCAAAAGGCCAAAAACUAUUGAGGAAAAAAUCCCUUCCAUCGCUCCUGUAGAAGUUGUUGGAGUCGUUCGUGGUAGUGAAAAACCCAGCAUUUUUGUUCCUGCAAAUGAUCCAAGCUCCUUCCAGUGGUUCUAUGUUGAUGUUCCUGCAAUUGCCCGUGCUUGUGGGCUUCCUGAGAAUACCAAAUAUGUGGAAGACAUUAAUGAAAACUUUAAUUCAGGCUGUCCUUACCCUGUACCCAAGGAUGUUAAUGCCUUGAUUCGAAGUUCAGUCAUGCCACAGGACCAUCUCAAUUAUACACUGACCUGGUAUUCUCUAUCUGCUGCUGUAACAUUCAUGGCCUUUAAGAGACUAAGGCCCAAAAAGAGCCGGAGAUAGCUAGUCUUUACUGUGAGAGAUUUUACUUGGAUUGAUCAUAUUUUCUCAUUGCUUCUUUACAAGAAUACAACCAAGGGAUUGUGGAUUUUGGAACUGCCGAUCAGAGAAGAAAAUGUUCAAAAAUUUUGUUGCAAACUGCAUUCUGAUUGUUUUUCCCUUUUAUUUUAACUAAAUGUGCAUGAAUAACAUCCAUUCUGGUUUAACAGCUGAUAUGGUGCAACAUUGGGUGGUGAAGGAAUCCAAGCUAUUGGCAUGAGAAAUCUUAUUAGAUCAGUCAUUUCCUGUAUCUUAUUUCUAUAUUGGAAAACUUUGGUGAUUCCAUCUCAAAAGUGAUUUGAAUACAUAAUAAAGGGAAAGCAGAAAUUGCAUAGUUAA